GCAGCUGGCAGCGCGACGGUCGCGCGCGUCACCAGGCGACAUUAUUGGCCGCACUAGCGUCGCGAGAAUCGAUUAUUCGCAAAGCCUGCUGGUCAGGCCGUCAGGCUGGUCUAUCUGUAUUAGUGCAUGGUCGAAGCCUCAAAUCCCCUCUCCUGAAGGCUGAAGGCUUCAGUCCUUACAGUCCUUAGAUGCGUUUCGAGCCGGAAAGAAGCACGUUCUCGGCAUGUAAACAUCAUCCCUUUUUUCAUUUUUUAUUAACCACGCCGUCUCUUUUCUUAAAUCGAGAUCCAGCACGCGAUCUACAGUUGUCGAACGAGGAGGCUGUUGAAUCAAGUCAAAGUGUUGAAAAUUUUAACACAGAUGGCUUUGCAAUACAAAACAAUCCAUCCUGUGAAAUACUUGCACGACCACCUUGAGCAAGACAUCCGGACGGAUGGCAGGAAAUUCUUGUCGUUUCGGCCAGUAAGCGUAAAUGUCUCGUCGAUUGUACAAGCGGAUAGUUCAGCAAUAUUCAAAUUGGGUGACACAACUGCGGUUUGCGGUAUUAAAGCUGAAUUAGCAACACCAAAGGCAGAUACUCCGGAUCACGGCUACGUAGUACCAAAUGUGGAAUUAUCACCUCUGUGCUCCUCAAAGUUUCGUCCCGGCCCGCCGAGCGAACAGGCGCAGGUGCUCUCUAAAUCGAUAGAUAUCAUUUUGAGUAAUUCAGCGGCACUCGACCUGACAGACCUCUGUAUCUGCAGAGGUAAAUUAGUAUGGGUCUUGUACUGCGAUAUUCUGUGCCUAAAUUACAACGGAUCGGUCAUAGACGCUUGCACCGGGGCAUUAAUUGCGGCUCUCAAAACAUUGGCCUUACCUGAGGUAAAUUACAACAAAGAGACGGGAGUAAUUGUGGUACACCCAAAAAAUAGAAAAAUGUUUGCUGUAAGAACGUCGCCAGUUUCUACAUCGUUUGCGGUAUUCGAGAACCAAUUGUUAGUAGCUGAUCCUACAGAUGACGAGGAGGAUUUGUCAUCAGGAAGGUUUUCUAUCGUGAUGGACGAUGAGGAAGAGAUUUGCUAUGUACAUAAGCCUGGUGGAAUUUCAAUCUCUCAGAAUCUACUUUCCAAAGGACUGGAAAUGGCGAAAAUGAGAGCAAAGUUGGUCAGAUCGGUAAUCGACGCUGCUAUCUCGACGCUGAAUGUAAACGAUAUAGAAAUAAAUACUUGAAUAUUUUUUUUCAAGAAG